GCACGUAGCAGUGAAAUCUUACACGGUGGUAGGUCAAUGGGUCGUCGCCGAUAAAGUCUUUGUUCGAUACAAUUUUGGUAUAAAAGAGCCGCAUCGCAGGAUAAACAGCGGCAAACGGCAUUGACAGCAUCACAAUGAGGUGCGCGAUCGUUCUACUGACUCUGGCAGCUUUUGGGGCAGCUCUACCCCCUCAGCAGCAGAGACAACGUGCUGCUGAUCAAAAUCUUUUGAAGAAGCAACAAGACUGUAUAGUGUUGCUACAACAGAUUACCCAAGAAAUCCCGAACGAACAGCUGCAGAUCCUUGGUACCACUUAUGACAUCCAGAACAACUAUCAUCAGUAUGAAAAUCCAAUCCUCGUCAGAUACUAUGUGGGCGCUGUACAGGCCGGUCUGGUUCAACCAAGAGGCACUGUUUACUCGAAUUCCAUCAGCUAUCUGCGCAAGGAAAUUUCCCUCUUGCACAGAAUCUUGUUAGGCACCAGGAACUACCAAACAUUCCUGGCAACUGCCGCAUGGGCUCGCCUUCGCGUUAACGAAGGACAAUUCGCCCAAGCCUUUAUUGGAACCGUUCUUCAACAUCCGGAGACACAGGGUGUCAUCUUACCGCCUCUGUAUGAAAUCAUUCCCCAAUACUAUUUCGAUGCUAGGAUCAUCCAAGAAGCCCAAAAUGUUGUUGCACAAGGUCUUGGUUACAAUCAAGUUGUAAUUCCUGUCAACUAUUCCUCCCACUUAUCCGACAGUGAACAUCAACUUUCUUACUUCACGCAGGAUGUUGGUCUUGCUAAUUACUACGGUUAUAUGAAUCUCGCUAGAUAUAUGCCGCAACAGCAGGAACACCAAUCGCCUCUACAAUAUCAACAACAAAAUAUUCAGAAUCAGGAAAAUCAGAUUGGUCAAGGAUCCAUUUACUAUUAUCUUCACCAACAAUUAUUAGCUCAUUACGAACUGAAUCGUCUCUCGAACGGAUUGGGCCCAAUCCAGAAUACUGAUUAUGUCAACGUACAAGCGCCGUAUCAACCGCAUCUCCGUUACACAAACGGACUCGAGUUCCCUGGACGUCCUCAGCAUCUUCAACUCAGUCCUUCUAGGAAUCAACUUAGCCAACUUGUCCAAAGGCUUGAACAAAGACUGAUGGAAGCUAUUGACUCUGGACAUGUCAUUACUCCGCAAGGCACUUUUCUCUCUCUCUAUCAACCUCAAGGUCUGAAUAUCCUUGGAGAGCUUAUUCAAGGAACUGGCAGGAGCGUGAAUCCAAGAUACUAUGGCAGUCUUCAGGCCGCUGCGCGUCAACUUCUCGGCAAUGCUCCUGAAGUACAAAACAUUUAUGAUUAUACUCCUUCUGUUUUGGAAUUGGAACAAAUCGCUGUUCGCGAUCCAGCUUUCUACCAACUCUAUCAGAGAAUUAUUCAUCUGUUCACGCAGUAUCAGAAUUCUCUGCCCGCAUACCAAUAUAAUGACAUCCUUCUACCAGGCGUUAGCAUCCAGAAUGUUCAAAUCAGUCCAUUAGUGACUCUCUUCAACAAUUAUUAUGUUGAUCUUGAUGGAGUUACUCAGCAACAAGUUCAUCACCAACAGCAGCAGCAGCAGCAGCAGCAGCAGCAGCAAGUUCAGCAACAGCAGCAGCAGCAGCAGCAAGUCCAGCAACAGCAGCAAGUCCAGCAACAGCAGCAGCAGCAGCAAGUCCAGCAACAACAGCAACAGCAACAGCAGCAGCAUAUUCAAGCGCAAGUGAGGAGAUUAGAUCAUAAACCGUACGAGUACCAGAUCAUUGUUCAAAGCGAACAGAAUGUUGCCGGAGCCGUCGUGCGUGUCUAUAUGGGACCAAAAUACGAUUAUCGAGGCGAACCCAUUAGUAUCUCUCAUCAUAGGCAUCAAUUCGUCCAACUCACGGGUCGCUUCUUGCGGCGAUAUUACGGCUUAUUACGGGGGGCAACGAAAAAAUGCUUAUAUCGCGCGGGCUCGGAUUUUUGCAGACGUUUUUAUCCCGGUUCGCGAAGGCCGUGGCUCGCAAACGCACCGGCGAAAACGUCCACGAAGGACGGCGGUGGAGCGGUCGUAAAAGACGAAAUAUUGCCUCCGCGAUGCGGGGGCAAUAAAAUCGAAACCAGAUCCGCGUCGAGUAACGCGAAACAGCCAGCCAGCCGACCAGUCAGGUCGCAGAGAACUAACCUGCCGAGAACACACGUUCACGGACAACAGAGACAAUAUAUUCAUGGACAACAACAACAACAACAAUGGAGUCCGCUUCAACAUAUCUACCAGGGGCAAUAUCAACACAGCCAACAAAAUAAUGUUGGAGUUAUAGGUGGACUCCAAGGCAAAUACCCUGUUACUUAUCAAGGACAGAGUCAACAACAGCAGGGACUCGGUGUAGGAUACACCGGUAGCGGACAAUACCACGCUGGUGGUUUCCAAGGCAUCUUGGGUCAGGGACAAAGAACACAGGACGGAUACGUCAGCAGAUAUUAUCAGAAUAAGCCCAUUUCUCAGAUCAUCGGUGGCGCUAUUUCCCUCGAUGGCAAACCUCUUGGCUAUCCGUUGGACAGACCCUUGACUUCCGGUGCUCUUUCCGUACCUAACAUCUAUGUUCAGACUGUUUAUGUUCAUCAUGAAGGCCAACUCAGCAACGAAGUACACUAUCAGUAAAAUGUUCCUAUAGCAUACAUAAUAAUUAUAUUUAGCAACAUCGCUAAAUAUAAUAAUGCUCGAUCGAAAGUUAUUUUUUGUUCAGUAAAAAAGAUUUAUUGAUUUAUUAUAGCAAAUGCAAUUAAUAAAUUGCCCUAAAACGCAAUCUGUGAAAAUA